AUACCUGUCCAAAAGCUUUUAUUUUCAUUUUUUUAGUCUUCUCUUCUUCUCAUUUUACAUCUCUCCUUCUUCUUUCGUCGCCGUCGCUACUGUUUCUCUUCUCGCUGGUAUAGAGUCAAGGAAGAUGGCUAGUGGUAGCCUGAAAAGCCUUAUAUCUUCAGCAGUGGGUCGAGGUGUGAACGAAGCGAGAGCCAGGAUUUUCGGGCAUAUGCUUAACCCAACGGGACAGAGAUCUCCUCAUAAGAUAUUAAGGAAGAAGCUUGUUGGUGACAAGGUUGCAGAAUGGUAUCCAUAUGACAUUAAGAAUGAGGAUCCCAAUGUCUUGGCUAGAGAAGAACAAGAGCGGAUAUCAAAGCUUGAGAUGUUGAAGCGUCGUAACAAAGGACCACCAAAGAAGGGUCACGGAAAACGUGCUGCGAAGCGUAACAAGUAGAAGUAAUAACCAUGGCUACAAAAAAAAAACAUUGCACUUUUAGAAUCAGACUCUUCUGGUUGGAUCAGAUAAAACUUUUAAGUAAAAACUUAUCCUACUCAGAAGUUUAAAGCUGCGUUGGUUUUCCAAUAACGUUCAAACGUUACUAUGUUGAGACACACAGUUGAAAGCUAUUUGCUUCUCUUUUCUUACUGUUUUUCUUUAAUCUUUAGACUUCGAUAAACUUUUUUCACCUA